ACUUGAAUAAUGAAAAUGAACGUACAAUAUAACUACUUUAAAGAAGAAUUCCUCUGUUCUUUAAUCCAGAGUAUGGCAUUGAAGUGUUAUCAUUAUCAGCUGUUAUCUGUCAAAAACUAACCACUUCUAUUAGGUAUUUAUAAAAAAAUCGAUAACUGCGGCACUCUUGUCAUAUCAGCACUAUGGCAAUAUAAAAACCCAGUAGACCGGACAUAAAUUCGUCGUGAAACGUGAAACAUGCAGCACGUAAUAAACAGCGUUAAAGGAACCGCUCUAGCGGUAGGAGAAUACUUGACGCCUGUUUUGAAGGAGUCAAAGUUCAAAGAAACCGGCGUUUUAACCCCGGAAGAGUUCGUAGCAGCGGGCGACCACUUGGUGCACCAUUGCCCCACUUGGCAAUGGGCAGCAGGCGAUGAAUCCAAAGCCAAACCGUACUUGCCAAAAGACAAGCAGUUCUUAAUCACUCGAAAUGUACCGUGUCCGAGGAGGUGCGAACAGAUGGAAUACUCACAGGAAUUAGAGAAGAUCAUUGAAUCUGAUGAUGCCGAUAACGGCUGGAUCGAUACUCAUCACUACGAUAAAGAUAUUUCGGUGGAAGAUAAAGUGUCGGAGAUGACGUUAGAGAACGCUAAAGGGGAGAGUAUGGAAGAGGCUGCUCUUAAGAAUGAUGAAAAGGAUGGGGACGAGGAGGAAGACGACGAGGAAGAGGCCGCGGAUAUGGAGGAGUUUGAAGAGAGCGGAAUGUUAGAAGAUGAACAGGUAGCUAAGGUGGUUAAGUCUGUCGAGGCAACGAAGAACGGGGAAGACGGCGAAAUAGUGCAUACAAGAACGUACGAUUUGCACAUUACUUACGACAAAUAUUACCAAACGCCUAGAUUGUGGUUAACGGGUUAUAAUGAGAAACAUCAGCCACUAACUGAAGAUGAGUUCUACCAGGAUGUUAAUAAGGACUAUGUGAUGAAGACCGUUACGAUGGAAACUCAUCCGCAUCUCAGCGUACCAAAAAUGGCGUCGGUACACCCUUGCAGGCAUGCCGAAGUGAUGAAGAACAUCAUCGAGACGGUGAUGGAAGGCGGCGGCGAGCUGGGCGUCCACAUGUACCUAAUAAUAUUCCUCAAGUUCAUGCAGUCCGUUAUCCCCACCAUUGAAUACGACUACACUCAAAAUUUCACCAUGUAGAUCUACGCACGCUCGGGAGAGAAAAAGAACUGUGUUACUUACUCGUCGUACAUCCGCUUUGUUACUGAUAUUGUGUUAAGCUUGAACGUUAUAUAUAUUGUAUAUCUUUUUUAUAUUUUAAAGAUCAUUUUAUAUUUUACUUAGAUAAUAAAGAAACGCUUUAAAUUCUA